AGCUGAAGAAUCCUCCACAGGAGGGGGUCACAGAAGCUAGGACCUGCCAGGCUGGAGGUGUGGGGGAAGAGGUGGUCACUGAUGCCCAGCAAGGGCCCUUGGUAGGUAGAACCCACCACAGAAUCUCCAAGACACCACCAUGUACCUCUUCUCCCGGAAGACCAAGACCCCCAUCAGCACCUACACUGACUCCUACAGGGCCCCUACAUCCAUCAAGGAGGUCUAUAAGGACCCACCUCUGUGGGCCUGGGAGGCCAACAAAUUUGUGACCAGGGGUUUGACUCACACCACUGAGCGUGACAUGGAUCCUGAUGCCCUGCACAAGAUGGCCAAAUGUAAUAACCAGGACUACACUUACAAGAGUUCCAUACUGGGACACCCCUAUUUGCCUGAGAAGUACUGGCUAUCUCAAUAUGAUGCAGAUAGAUGCAGCCCAUGCUACCUGAGCAGUGACCGUUACAACACGUGGAGAACGCCACCUUACCACAGCAGCUACUGGAACAAGUACACCAGCUGCCUUCCCCGGCUGCCCAAGGAGGCCGGGACCGAGACGGCAGUUCGAGGAAUGCCCUUGGAGUACCCUCCUAAACCUGAGCGGCUCAACGCCUACGAGCGCGAAGUGGUGGUGAACAUGCUGAACUCGCUGUCCCGGAACCAGCAAACGCCGCAGAUCAUGUCCCGAUGCGGGUGUGUGGACCCGCUGCCUGGCCGCCUGCCCUACGUAGGUUACGAAAGCCCUUGCUCGGGCCGCCACUACUGUCUGCGCGGGAUGGACUACUGCGCCGGCGGGGCGCCGUCCACGGAGCGCCGCCUGCGGCCCCUGUGUGCCGCCGAGCAGCCGACUGUAAGGGCUGUGUCACCCUACGACCACCGGCCCGGAAUGGAAUGUGCUGUUACAACUCUCCCGCCAUCAUAUUACCCAUGUCCGAACCUUAGAUGGGAUACAAGUCACUUCAAGAAGACCGGUGGUGCCCAGAGAAACAACUUUGUUGUCCACCCUGAGUUUGUGUCUGAGAGCUAUCCCAACUACCAUUGCUGGUAAAGCCUGGGCUGGCCAGGUUAGGGGGGCAGAGCAAGAAAUAAACUCUUGACUCCC